AUGGCCAAAUUCCCACUCCUUCCUGGACUCGCAGCAGUCAUCAUGAUCAGUGGCGAGCCAGCACCUGAGCAUGACGACACUGAUGAAAUAGAAGUCGAUCAUGAAGAUCCGCACGUUGCGGAGCACCAAGCAUCUCGCACCAAGAGCGUCUACAUCGAAGCCAAAACAGGCGAACAAUUCGGCGUCAAGUUGGAGGUCACCGGACCCCUCGGUCAUGCAAAUAUGGUGUACACAAAGCUCAUCUUUGACGUUUGGGCUGACGGUAUCCGAGCCGGCGAAGCCUUCUGUGACCGUCCGUUCUUCAAGAAUGGAGGAGUUACUUGGGAGUACACGGUGAAGGGAGUGACAAACGGCAAAGGAAGCAAGUGCACAUUGAAGAAUUUCCUGUUUGCCAAGAUUGAGACAAACUCGGACAACUCACCUAUGGACGCCAUCAAACGUCAAGCCCAGCGCUUGCAGAAAAAAGGUACCAUCGAGAUCAGAGUUUAUAACGGUGACUACGGCAAAAAGGGUGGUGAUACACCUGGCACAUCUGAAGGCUUCUUCAAGCAAGGCAGAAUAAACGUUUCGGAGAAGGCCCUCAAAGGACAGGCUAAAAGCCACGGUACCAGCGAGGCACGUAGAGCAAAGAGAGGAGCUGUCUUUCGCUGUAAGAAGAAGGACGGCGAUGACUAUCCGCUCGCUAUCUUCAAAUUCAUCUACCGCAGCCAAGUCUCUCACUUGAGUACAUAUACUGACGCAAGGCAAACGACAGAAGCAUUGAAGCAACUUCUCGUCAUCCCUCGCACUCCAUCCCCAUCUCGAGAACCAACCCCUGAGCCAGAAGAAGAACUCAUCGACGGCCUGACAGCUGCCCAGCACGCACAAAUUCAGAGUCUGGUCCGGCAACUUGCGAGUGAGAACGUUAGCAACGCCAAGAAGAUCAAGCAAGAGAUCGUGGAGAGCAGGGGCUUGGCUGGUAGGAGUGGACAUGCAAGCAAGCGAAGCAAGGGAAAUAACGGAAAGGCGGAAGUUGUGGUCAUUGAGGAUGAUAGUGAUGAUGAGGAUGGCAUUCCAGCACCAGCACCAGGCCGUCAGCAGGCAGGUUUGUUUGUCGAUUGA